CCACACAAUGUGCGGGCGAGUAACGGCGACCAUUUGUACUUCUCUAGGGUCAUACAAAUAACGCUGACCAGAAGGGUAGGAGUACCUCUAGGGAGCCGUAGUUAAAGGGCGCCAGCACCCUUCGGUCACUUCCCGUUCCAGGACCGGUUCCCCCCUGACCCGCCCGCACUGCUCUGUGCUCCCUCUCCCCCUGACGCCCGGCCCGCCUGCUCGCUCCUAUCUGCUGUAAUUUGCAGCCAAUCAUCAGUAGGUGUCCACAUCCCUGCAUCUUCCUCACCUCAGCACCAAUCAACCACACACAGCGACAGGAGACAGGCUCUGAACAACGCUGAGGGAGACGAGACCACCGAGGAUAACAACAACAGGCAGCACCCGUGUUUCCUUGUCGUCCGCCUUCCCUCGUCACCCUUAUCGUCGAGUGUGUACUGAAGUCUGGCUGCAGGUUCGCACGGUGGCCAUUCCAUUCAUUUUUACUUUUGGCUGUUUUCUUGUAAAAGUUGUUCCGCAGAGCUGCCAUGGCUUAACAAUGGAUAUCCCUGGGAGAUUUUACCAGAAGAUAAAAUGAAGAUGAUGGUAGUGCUUCACUUUAUAAUUAAUAGCAGGGCUACAAAAAAGACAUAAACGUAUUAAGUGUUGUAAAAAUAAUUAGAAGCUAGUUGUAAAUAUAAAUAAGUAAACUAAAUCCAACAUGAACAACACUGUUUGUGUUGAGACUGGACAGAAUCCUGAGACUUCUCUACUACCAAAGGAUAACUUGCACGACAAUGGGUUAAACAGCAUUGUGGAUUAUAAUGUAGAGAUGGAGAGAUACAGAUCAUUUGCAACAUUUUACAAGACAAAUGGAGCAUUUCCACCAGCUGCAAAGAUAGCUCGAAUAACAACGCCGAUUUUCCCCAGUGCCAGAAUUGGUAUGUCCCCAUGGAACUGUGAUAAUUCUAUGCUCUGGGGAAGAAAAUCAGCUGCUAUAAACCCUAAUAGGACCGGUAUGCAUAGAAAUGACUCCCAGAGGCUUGAAAAGCCUGGCUUGCCGCCAGAAUCAUUGCAAAUGGCAAAUAAUAAUUUCCUCUCUACAUUAUCCCCUGAACACUGCCGACCUUUAGCUGGUGAAUGCAUGAACAAGCUCAAAUGCAGUGGUGCUGAAGCAGAGAUAAUGAAUCUCCCAGAACACGUUGGAAGUUUUUCCGCUAUUCCGGCUUUAGGGGGCAUCUCAUUACCUCCAGGGGUCAUCGUCAUGACAGCCCUUCACUCCCCCGCAGCCUCUGCUGCUGUUACAGACAGUGCAUUUCAAAUUGCCAAUCUGGCAGACUGCCCACAAAAUACUUCCACAGGAUCCAGUGGAAACCCUGCCAAGAAGAAAAGGAAACGGUGUGGGGUCUGUGCACCCUGCAGGAGGCUAAUCAACUGUGGAGUAUGCAGCAGUUGUAGGAAUCGGAAAACAGGGCACCAGAUCUGCAAGUUCAGAAAAUGUGAAGAACUGAAGAAAAAGCCAGGCACUUCACUAGAGAAUAAUUCGUCAAGUGGGAUCAGGAGCUCUUGGAACAACUGUGGUUUGGAUGCAGUCUUUAAUAACCACUUGGCUGUGAACAUCCCAGGAAAAGUCCUUCCUAAUGGACACUUUUGCUAGUAUGAAAGGGCAUCUGUUCCUAGCACUGAGGCAUUCCGAUGGUUCUUUUAAGUGGAAGUCGUCUUUGUUACCAGGCCUGCUUAAAGUAUCUCUCAGUGAAAGGAUUGGAAUGUAAGAACUGUUGGGCCUAUUGUUGAAAGACCUAUGCCAAACAUUGAUUUCCUUGCUUCUGAGGGCCCCUUGGAGGAUUAUCUAGCGUUUCCUUUCUUCAGUAGUCUUUUACUUUCAAUGUUACUACACAGAGGAGAUUGCUGUCUAUAUUAAAUGGCUAUAUAAAGUGCAGAUAAGCCCUGAUGUGUACUUGUGCAUUGUUACAAAGUAACUUCUGUGUAAUAUAUUUCAGUGUGACAAGCUGUACAACUACUAUCUUGUAUUGUGUUGUAGACAGAGACAAUCAUGUCUGAAUAUCAGUGGAAUAGGUUGUAUGUUUUAGUUUAAAUAAAUCAUUAGGCUAAGUCUGGAGCAAUAAUUUCUUGAUUUAAGGUUAUUUUGUUGGUUGUCCAUAAGGAAUGCCAUUUUGACCAUGUAACUUGGCAUUCGUCUUGAAAUCUGUACACUGAUUAAUUUUUGUUAUUCUGAUGAUAAUAACCAUAGUAGCUGACAAUUAUAUCACAGCAAAACAAAAUGAAACUUUGAAAUUUAGGGUCUGAAUUUUAAAGUUUCAAAAUAAUCAUUUAAAAUCCAUUUGCCUAAUUUGCAGAAAAUGGUAACAUCUCUUUUCCUCAUUAUGUUAAAAAUAUAUAAUGACCACCCCACAAAGUGUCGUAAAAGAGGUGGAAACAAUAACCCAAGAAAAUUAUAUGGAGAGAGAGAGAACAGAAAUGGACACAGUAAUUCCAUUAUCUUAGUCGACUAAACAGUUGCUAGUAGGACCUACAAAUACUUAAUUUGAAGUAGUUUGUAGGUAUUUACUUAUAACUUGAACUUGCCUCAUUUUGAGACCAAGGAUCACCAUUCUGUUAUGAUACAAUUUAAAAUGAAUAAACAAAUACUGGUCUGUAUAUAUGGAAGAAGUAUUUAUUUUUUAUUCAUUAGAAUGUGUUAACCAAGGUAGAACACUGAUCUAGACUGAUCAGUUUCAAUAUCUGCCCAGGAGCAUACAAACAACAAACAUUGAUGCCAAAACAAUGAAUAGAUCUUGUUAUAUAACAAUAGUAAACAUGCAAGCACGUAGAAAAUGUGCUCUGGUAGCGGUGCUCACAACGUUUGAGUGUUAAAAAUCAUAACACUGCUCUAUCAAACACUUUGCAUACAAAAAGAGGAGUACGUAUUUUUAAAACAAAAUGUUUUCAGAUGCUAGAACCAUUUAACUAAUGGCAAGCCAUUUAUGAAUAUCCUAAAUUCAGAUAUUUAAUUUGGAGAAGCAAGCCUUAAUCUGAAGGUAAAAAAAUGAAGGUUUUAUGCCUAAAUCCACCAUAGAGGGUGGGAACAGAGCCCCCAUGUUUGGAAUGCAGACCAUGAACACUCUUUUUUUUAAUCACUACAGAUCACAGGUAUAGCAUGACUAACUCAAGUGACCAUUAAUGAAUAAGGGGGACUCAAACAAUUGGUGGUUGAGUUAAUAAAGUAGAUCCCAAACCAUAGCCAUUAAGAGUUAUGCAAAGAGUUGGCACAGGCAUGCAGAAUGCACACAGGACAAGCAUUCUGUUAAGUGUUCAAGAAGCCCUAUCUCUUGUUUUCACUUUUUUCUUUAACCUUUUGUUCAUAGGUACAUAGGUGAAUAUUAGGCUAACUGCCUUUAAUGGCCAUUUUAAGCUUAGCCAAUAGCUCUAGAUCAGAAUCAAACCUGUCCUUUGUACUUUGAGGCAAAGACUUUAACCAUCAUAAAAAAAUGUCAAGGAGGUUCAAUAUCCACAAACAAAAUUUAAUAUACUAAAAAACAGCAAUGUGGGCUUUUUAGUAUAUUGCAUUUUGUCUGUGGACUUUGAACCUCCUUGGCAUUUUUUAUUUUGUUUGUCAUUUAGUGCUUUGCCUAUUGGUUUUCUCUUGUGUGUAAAAUAGCAGCUGGACUUUAACCAUCAUGCCAAACCCUCUCCCACUCCAUUGCAAAGAGAAUGCUAAUAUAUAUAUAUCUGGGUCUACUAUGAUUGAUUGAAAACUCACUUGAUUGAAAAUGAA